UCCAAUAAUUUCUAAAGAGUAUGGUACAUUUCCAGUAGGAUACCUCACCUUGCAGUAACCAAGAAAAGGCUAGGGGGCGGGGGAGUUUAAGUCUACACAUUUUCGUGUGACGUCCUUGGGCUCCGAACUCACUGCUGGAUUUUCGUCCACCUCAUUUAUAAUAGUUAAGCCGGUAGUGAUAAUCUAAUGAUUGAUCAUAAGGAUCGCACCUAGCGACUCAGUGCCCUGAGGAUUUAUCAGAGUGAUCCCGGUGCGCUCGUUUCGGAAAAAAAGGAUGUUCUGUUGAUGCAGGGACUGUCUGUCAUGUCUGUCAUUUUCUUUAAUAUCACCUGAAAACUAGCGCAGAUGAGUUUCAGUAACAACAACGUGGGGCUUUUGCUUUCGGAACCGGGUAGCAGAAUUGAUCAAGAGUAUCACACCAUAAAACAAACAGUGCCGUGAAUUAUAUACCACGUUAUUAUGUGUAGCGGGAGUUGUUUCGGUUGCGUUAGGUUCACGCAGUUGUGGAUAGCCUAUAUGGAAUAAAGUAACAAGUGCAUAUUUCAAAAAGUCAACAGCGCGGAGCCUUGAAAGUCAGCUGGUGUCGAGUUAACGGUGCUCAGCAGGUAAAGCCGCCGCGUCGCUACCCUUCUGUUUACUUGCCAGUUGCGUCACAUGAAUGAAAAGUCGUCGUUUCGAUGAACAGACGAGUGUCGCCCCAUUGUCCCCGCCGUGUUACAGAAGUGGGCGGAUAGCUGUGUCUCUCUGCCCAAUGGUAGCCACGUCUCCUAUAAGAGCAGAGUAACGCUCUGCCAUCCAAAAAAUCCCUUAAGCCAUCAUCAUUCCGGCUUAGGAACCACACUCUGCAACUGCCUCCACCCGCCGAGAGAUGACAGACUCAAUAUCGGCGCCCGCAGCACACUCAUGGCCGUGGGAGCUCGAAGCUGCAUAGUACCGGCGAGCCGACCAGACACCGCAAGCGCGUCUGACUGAAGCGGGAAGUCAGCAAAAUAAGGAUUUUACAUAGAAAUACCUUAGUGAGAAGUUGGCUGCUUGUUCAAUGCCAUCAUGAUCAUCUUUUCGUCACGCAGUGUACUGCUGUCAGUGUACUACCCGCAGAUCUUCCUCAUCCUUACCAGUGGAAGUUACCUGGCCCUGUCCUCGGUGGUGGCCCUGGGCGCCAAUAUCAUCUGCAACAAGAUCCCUGGCCUGGCCCCUCGGCAACGGGCAAUCUGCCAGAGCCGCCCGGAUGCCAUCAUUGUCAUCGGUGAGGGUGCGCAGUUGGGUAUCAACGAGUGCCAGUACCAGUUCCGCUAUGGACGCUGGAACUGUUCGGCCCUGGGGGAGAAGACCGUCUUUGGGCAGGAGCUCCGAGUGGGCAGCAGGGAGGCGGCCUUCACUUAUGCCAUCACGGCGGCAGGCGUGGCCCACGCGGUCACGGCGGCCUGCAGCCAGGGCAACCUGAGCCACUGCGGCUGCGACCGCGACAAGCAGGGCUACUACAACCAGGAGAAGGGCUGGAAGUGGGGAGGCUGCUCAGCGGACGUCAAGUACGGCAUCGAUUUCUCCCGAAGGUUCGUAGACGCCCGCGAGAUCAAAAAAAACGCCCGGAGGCUGAUGAACCUCCAUAACAACGAGGCGGGAAGGAAGGUUCUGGAGGAGCGCAUGAAACUGGAAUGUAAGUGCCAUGGAGUUUCAGGAUCCUGCACCACCAAGACCUGCUGGACAACGCUGCCCAAGUUCAGGGAGAUUGGCUAUAUCCUGAAGGAGAAGUACAAUGAGGCGGUGCACGUAGAGGUGGUGCGGGCCAGCCGGCUGCGGCAGCCCACCUUCCUGAAGGUCAAGAAGAGCCCAGAUUACCGCAAGCCCAUGGAGACGGACCUAGUCUAUAUUGAGCGCUCACCGAACUACUGCGAAGAGGACGCCGCCACGGGCAGCGUGGGGACGCAAGGGCGCCUGUGCAACCGCACAUCGCCACACACAGAUGGCUGUGACCUCAUGUGCUGUGGAAGAGGCUACAACACGCAUCAGUACACCAAGGUGUGGCAGUGCAACUGCAAGUUCCAGUGGUGCUGCUUUGUCAAGUGCAACACCUGCAGUGAGCGGACGGAGGUGUUCACCUGCAAGUAGGGCCCAGGCCGGGGUCGGCGGUGUUUCUCGAAGAACGCGAUGAACGAAAACAAAUGGAAUUUACAAUGUGGAAUCCCUAUGGCGUUGUUUUGCACACAAGAAUCUCGGUUUGCUUUAAAGUGUCAAUAGAUAAAACAUCCAUAGGUAAAAGCCCAACUUGACUCACAGGAUAAAAAUGGUGCCCUGGACCUGUGCAGUGCAUUCUAGGAUUUGUAGUUCCUCACCUUUACAGAACGCUUGUAAAAAUGGCACAGAGUGACUAACUCCGAAGGAUGUUGUGAAACAUCACAUCACCUGCUUUUUUGAUAGAACACAAAGUUAACAGUCCUGUAGUGUAAUGGUCAGCCUUUAGUCUAAUUAACUUAAAGGAAUUGCAAGGGAGAGCAGGCCUGACUAUUAAAAAUCCAUGGACAUUGCUUUUUUUAUGAGCUGUCAAAACAAAGAACGCUACAUUAACUUAGCACCCUUCAUGCGCUGAAUUAGCCUCAAUGGGAUUUAUCUCUACAGUAAGCCUUAUGCCAACUGGAAAAACGUGGAGUAUGUUAGCUAUCCAGUCACACUGGGACUGUUCGAACACUGAAAAUAAUUUGUUUAUUUAUGUUAUAGUAUCUUUAAACAAAGCACUAACGGGUAGAAAUGUCUUAUUUCGUACUAAGUGUAAAAAGAAACUUUUUAGAGAUUAUAUUUGAAGGUGCAUAUCAUUUAAACCACCCCGUCCCCACUGCUCUUUUCUGAACAAUAACAUUGCUACUGAUGUGUGGAAUUCAGAUACCUACCCACAAUGCAUUGCAUUUCUCAUACAGACACAUUUGUUUCAGUUCGCUGUAGCUGGUGACUGGGAGGUGCAACGCUUUUCUGCUUUCUGUCUCAUUAUAAGAGAAGAUGAUGGUUCACAUUUUUCCUGCCCUGCAUCUCUUGUACCAUUAAAUGCGAACACGAUGACUCUGGGUUCGCUGUCCAGUUCUGCACUGACUAUAAAAAGAAUCCAAUACCACUCAGCUGAAAAGAAAUCAAUCAGUCUGAGCAAUGUUUGAAAUAAAUGUGACCGACCGACCGAACGUCAUGCUGCUUCAGGGUCUCACACCCGAAAAAUGCUUGUUAGUGACCUUCUGCCACCCUGCUGGUUCGUGUUCCCCAGCCUCUGGGGCACCUGCCCGGGAGCAGGCAAUAGACACAAGCCAAACCCCCAAAGGGAACCAAGGGCCCAGCCGGGUCGUGGCUUUUUGUAAACAGUAGAUCUGUCUGAGGUUCGUUUGAGAAGACACUGGAUUUUGGCAAAUUUCGGCUAAUGAAUGAAACUUAAUUAAAAUUUAUAUACAUAUGUAUAAUGUUAGUUAUAUAUGUGGUACUGAAACAUAUACAAUCGUAAUAUUAAGAAUAUUUAUAAUGAUGUAUAUAUGUCUGUCUAUACUUUUUGCACUUUAAAUCAUUUAUAUUCUGAAACAAAUGUUAUUGAUAUUGUUGUUAUUGGUAGUUUGACAAAACAGUUGGUUUUCUAAAAAAUUUGCUCUGAAACUGAAAAUUUGACUCAAAAAGUUCAUACGUUUUUCUUUUAUACUUAGUGUACAUAGAGCGAACCAGAGGAGAUUUACUCUGGAGAAUUAUUAUAAUAGCUCAGUUAUAAAUAAUAUUAGUAAUAUUAGUAAAUUGUUUACUUUGAGUUAGGACUUUUUGCAUUAUUUAGUUUUCAUAACAACCACUGCUUUAUUGACAUAAUCAAGCCAGCUGUCUAUAGUAAAAUUCAGAAUAUAGAAAUUUAUUACUUUGUAAAUAUAAACAUUUAUUGUUUUAUUAAAAGACUAAUUGCUUGAAAAUGUAUAAAUCCUGGUUUUGCAUUCUCUUGCCACACUGAUCUGCAGAGGCAAGUGAGGCACGGCUUUUAAAUUUUCCACUCUCUGUUUAUGGUUCUGUCCAUGGGCACAGCACCGGCAGGUUGAACACACCAUCCUGCACUUGACGGUUACGCAAACAGCCUCUUUGAUGUGCUUUGAGAUUCCUCUAUGCUUUUAGCAGUGUCUGGAAAAGAUAUUUUAAUAUAUAUAACAAAGAUGUGACUAUGGUUUUCCUGAAAUCAAAGUAAUAUAUUUUCUUUAUAUCAAAUUCUCAACUUAAGGAGAUCAGUUUUUCAAUUCUCACAGCUAACGAUAUCCUGAAAAUGUGGUUGAAAUAUGAUACAUUGUAUUUCAAAUGCACAGGACCAUUUCGCUUAAUAACAUUAUUAU